GAAAUGAAUCUACCAGUACAUAGAAACAUAGAAAAUAGGUGCAGGAGCAGGCCAUUCGGCCUUUCAAGCCAGCACCGCCAUUCAAUAUGAUCACGGCUGAUCAUCCAGAAUCAGUACCCCAUUCCGGCUUUGGGAUGGGGGAGUGAUCUGGUCGAAUGAUCUGGAGUUACCGAGAGAAACCCACUUGGAGAAGCUGCCAACUCCACGUAGACAGCAUGAGGUCAGUAUUGAACUUGCAGCACUAAUGUUGUGCCACCAUAGGUCACUAUGAGAGAAAAUAAGUUGUUAAGGUUUAUUAUUGUCACAUGCUAAGGUACAGCAAAAAGCUUUGUUUUUGCAUGCUAUUCAAUCACAUCAGGUAAUACUAUACAUAAAUACCAUCAUCAAACUCAAGUACAAUAGGUAGAGCAAAGGACAGUAGUACUUUGGGGUAAUUUGCUAUGUCUAAUCAUGCAGCUGCUUUACCAAUGACCAUCCUUCUAUCAUCAGGUCAGAGAUGAGAUGUUUUGUGGCACUUGCACCAUUGAUCCGCUCACAUUGCCUCAGACAGUAAACCAAUCCACAUCUCCAUGUAGCAAGAUAAUAUUCAGGCAUGAUCUGGAAAUAUUAGGUAACAUUUCUGUUCAAAACGUGCCAGUUCUCUGAUCCUUCAACAAGAGAGAAUCUCAUUACCUUGACAGUCGGAGGCAUUACCAUCAAAAUGUCCUCCCCACCACUAUUGACAUCCUAGGAAUUACCAGUGCUCAAUAGUUCAACCAGAUCAGCUGUUUAAAUCCUGUCGCUGCAGAAAUAGGUCAGAGGCUCGACAUCCUGCUGCAAGUGACUUGCCCCCUGACACGGUCUGCAAGACUUUGCUUGGCUGGCAGUGAGGGAAUGCUCGCUCCCCUGCAGAUCACUCCUGCACAGCCAGAGUUUCACUCUUAACACAAGCUGCCCUCAAGAUGGCCGCAGUGUGGAUGAGGUUAUCGUCAAUCUCUUCAUGACUGUGGGUGAAGCCAAGAAGGCAAUUCUUCCCAAGCAACUGCCCAUCAGAGAACUCUGUGAUCUUUGCUCUGAUCCCACAGGCGUCCUCAGAUAAACAUCAACUGGUGCUGGGAGGCUAUCUACCUGAUGAAAGAUGCACUCUUGCCGUGCGUGCAACUUGUUUGUUGCACAAUGUAAGGAGAAGCCUUCAUGUAAAUGCUGUCAACCAGAUAUUCCCAGGUGCGGAUGAAUAUGCUGAGGGGUAUACUGGUGUUCAGUGCAACAAAUGCAAAGGCUUUUUGGGGUUGGACCAAAGUCCAGGAUCCUGCUGCCACCUGGACACUGAGGGGCAGGGUCCUUCACAGCGGCCUCUACGGCACUUCAUGGGUAUAUUGUUUAGGAGGAAAUAUGAGUGAUUUGCUACAUUGUGAUACAAAAUGUGUUUAUUUUAUAGUUCAAUGAAAGAAAGGAGUGUGCCGAUUUGUACUUCCUGUAAAUUAUGAAAUUAAAAUAAAAUUGUAUGGUACAAGUUGGAGCAGGAUAGUCUGCAUUUGUCUUCUUAACAUAGAAACAUAGAAAAUAGGUGCAGGAGGAAGCUAUUCUGCCCUUCGAGCCAGCACCGUCAUGGCCGAUCAUCCAAAAUCAGUACCCCGUUCCUGCUUUCUCCCCAUAUCCCUUGAUUCUGUUAGCCCUAAGAGCUCUAUCUAAAUCUCUCCUGAAAACAUCCAGUGAAUUGGCCUCCACUGCCUUCUGUGGCAGAGAAUUUCACAGAUUCACAACUCUUUGGGUGAAAAGGUUUUUCCUCAUCUCAGCCUAAAUUUUUUUGUUUUUGCAUAAGUUUUGCAUAAGCCUUUGCAUAAGUUUUUUUGGCCUUCCAUCACAGCAAUGUGAUGGAUGUUUAUGUAAAUUAUGUUGUGUCUUGGGUCUAUUUGUUUGUAAUGUAUGGCUGCAGAAACGGCAUUUCGUUUGGACCUCAAGGGGUCCAAAUGACAAUUAAAUUGAAUCUUGAAUUGAAUCUUGAAUCUUGAAUCUUAAAUGGCCUACCCCUUAUUCAUACAUUGUAACCUCUGGUUCCGGACUCCCCCAACAUUGGGAACAUUGUUCCUGCAUCUAGCCUGUUCAAUCCCUUUAGAAUGUUAUAUGUUUCUAUAAGAUAACCUCUCAUCCUUCUAAAUUCCAGCAAAUACAAGCCCAGUAGAUCCAUUAUUUCAUCAUAUGUCAGUCCCGCCAUCCUGGGAAUUAACCUGGUGAACCUACACUGCACUCCCUCAAUAGCAAGAAUUUGGGAGACCAAAACUGCACACAAUACUCCAGUUGUGGCCUCACCAGGGCCCUGUACGACUGCAGUAGGACCUCCUUGCUCCAAACUCAAAUCCUCUCGCUAUGAAGACCAACAUGCCAUUUGCUUACUUUCUGUGACUGAUGUACAAAGACACCCAAGUCUUGCUGCACUUUCCCUUUUCCUAAUCUGACACCAUUCAGAUAACAAUCUGCCUUCUUGUUCUUGCCACCAAAGUGGAUAACCUCAGAUGCCAUGCAUCUGCCCACUCAUCCAACGUAUCCAAGUCACCCUGCAGCCUCAUAGCAUCCUCCUCGCAGCUCACCCUGCCACCCAGCUUUGUGUCAUCUGCCAACCUGGAGAUGUUACAUUUAACAUUUAACAACAUUCUGAAGAAAGCAACCUGCUUGUUUGGCAUUCCAUGCACUAUCCUAACCUUUCAUCUACUCCAUCACAAAAUAAAUGAUUAUGCCAUACACCCUUAGAUCUGCUCCAAUAGCCAAUAUUGGCUUUUGGUAACAUCCAGACAUUUCUGGUGGGAAAUUUGGUGCAGAUAAUGCCAUUGAAUACCAAGGGAUGUGUUUAGUAUCUGUCUUGAGAGCACUUUCUGGCCUAGUGACCCUUGCAACUUUUCAGUUCAAGCCUAGAUUUUACCCGCUGCAUGCAAGCAUGUUCUUUAUCUAAAGAACCAUGAACACAAUCAUUUGGAUCCCUACAUCUGACCUUAUGAUGGAAAAAAGGCUGAAGAUAGAUAAGCCUAUGAACACACCCUGAGUGCUACGGCUGAAAAUGCUUCAGGAAAAUGAUAGACUUGACGAACUUCUUGCUCAGAAGGAGCAGGAAUGGAAAGGCUUGCAAACACAACGCAUCCAAUCAUUGGUUGCUGCACUUCAAGAUUCACAAACAAAAUUCAAAGAAGAAAAAGAAAAGUUUAACAUCCUGAAAGAGGACUUUAUGUUCAACCUAAAAGUACUGGAGGAGCGAGACCAAGAUUUGGAACGGUACGAUGCAAUGUUUGCUCAAUUAAAGGUAACAGAAAGUUGUAAGCAAGCGGAAAUCAGUGAGCUGCAAAUUCAGAUUGACAAGUUGCAAAAUAUAGUUGCGAAUGAGUCAAGGACACGGGAGGAACUGCAGUUUCAGUACCAGCGGCAAUUAAAGACACAUCAACUGGAAAUUGAGAAGAUUCGCAGUUCAAAAGACUCCAAAAUUAAUGGUCAUCAGGAGAAGUAUAGGAAACUAACCCAGGAGCUCGAACGCAAAGUGCGAGAAGUGGAGGGACAGCUUGCUUUGCAAAAACAGGAGUUGUUCGCAGAAUUUGAUGCCGAGAUGAGACAUCGAGAGCAUGACUUCACACUUCGAAGAGAUGAAAUGAAUAACCUGGUGCUCAGCAGUAAGCUGAAGGUGAAACUUCUGUCAAAAGAGUUGGAACUCCUGAGGGAGGCGGGGAUAAAGGCUGCAGAAUCACUUCAUGUGGCAGAGAAAACAAACCAUCAAAUGUCAAAACAACUUCAAAGAAAAGAAUUUGAAUUAAAAGAUGUAGAAGCCUUAAAAGAAGCCAGGAUAAAAGAACUCGAGGACAAAGUCAAUUGCAUGGAAAUUAACUUGAAAAACGAAGAAGAAAUGUUCCAACGCAAACAUUCUGAACUAGAUCGCCUUGCUCGCGAGAGAGAUGCAAAGCUCGCUACUGCAAAGCUAGUACACGCAGAACAGAUCAGGGAACUGAACCACAAGAUGCGGGAAUUGCAGAUAGGCUUAGAGACGUUUGAAGCGGAGAAACGACGAAUGGAAUGGAGCCAUGCAGAUGCCACAAAGGAGAAGGAGGAUGAAAUUGAAAAGUUGCGUGGAGAGCUUUCGACAAUGAAAGUUGGUUGGGAUGGUCACAUCGCACAGAUCUCCAAGGAGACUGUUGCCAAGGACAUACAAAUUAAAAUGUUGCAGGACCAGGAUUCCAAGCUGAGGGCUGAGAUGGCAAGGCACAAAGAGGACGUGGAAAAGUAUAAGCAGCAACUUGUCCAAGCAGCAGAGAGGGAGCGGAGUCUGGAGCAAAUGAAAGUACAAGCAGAGCUAGAUUGGCAGCAACGCUGUGAGGAGAUAGAAAGAAGUCAAUACUUGAAGUCGGAAGAACUUAUCCAAACCCUGAGCCAAGCACGGAACCAGAUUACAGCAGAACUCCAGGAAAAAGAGCGCAAACUACAGGAGGUGGAGACAUUGGUUCGGGCACUGACGCUAGAAAGAGACCAUGCAAUAGCUGUACUGCAGAAGCAUGGUGUUUUACCAGAACGGGAUUCUCAGGUUGCAGAACCUGUGAGACGAGACAGAGAUGAUGAUGGUUUCCCCUCGGAUAUCAUUCAGAACCUCCAACAGCAGAACUUAAACCUGCGAACAGUCAUCACCCAGAUGAGGAAGGAGAUGGAAAACCUGAGCGAGCAAAUCCCUGCCAGUCAAUCCACAGGCAAACUACUUGAUGACUCGGGAUCACUCAGGAGCCCCAAAGAAUCACCUAAAGCUGUCAUAACCCCAGAAUAUACAAAAUCUCUGGAAGGUGAAGUUCAUGAACUGAAGCAGAAGUGCAGAAAGUUGGAAGAACAACUGGAGGACACUUCAAGAGCUUCAGGCAAGAUCAAGAGUCAGCCUUCAGGCCUCCCAGUUACUGCAGACAAUGCCUAUCUCCAAAACCACACACGCACUUUAAACGAGACUAUAGGUGGCCUUCGUGCUGAAAAGAUCUCAAUAGCUGCUACGGCUAAGAAGUAUGAAGCCAGGAUUGUGCAUUUAGAUUCCAUGGUAACACAGCUCACACAACAGACACGUCAGAAGCAAGUUGAAAUCGACCAACUACGAUAUGAAUUAACCAGUCAGCAACAGAGGACCGGGUCCGAGAUGUUAAGACUAAAUGAACGAAUUGCUGAAUUGGAGUUACAAUUGACGGAAACACGCAGAGAGGCAGAUGAGUACUUCAAGGGUAACCUUCAGCAAAACCUGGAAACUGUUGCUUUAGGCAAUGAGGUAUCGGCUCUGAAGCUGGACUUGAUGAGUGGCCAUGUCCCAGUGGUUGUCGAACAGGAUGAACUUGUCAAGGAGCUUCAAGGAGAAAUUCUUCAACUGCGGAAACAGCUGAUUCAUUCAAAAUCGAAUAACAACCCUUUGCAAUGGCAAAACCCGACCGUAUUGGUUUUACAAGCCAAACUAAAGCAGGCUGCCCGUUACAUCAGUCAGCUGUCCCGCGACAAACAGCAGUUGAUCGAGAUCGGCAACAGACUCCGCGCAGAGCUGGUUAAACCUGGAUUACCAGCUUGCCGCCCCUCUGUCACAGUGAGCCUUUCAGACCUACCUUCUCAGUCACCAAGAGAGCUGGCAGAGGAAGCACAGAAUCGGCUGUCUGCUUUGGAACGUUUGCAGUACCAACUCACUACCCAGGAAUUGCAAUAUGCACAGCUGAAACAUUUUAAACAAGUUCCCAUGCAGCAGAUUUCAUCAGGGAGUGAAAACGGCCAGAAUACUGAUAACGGGAAAACCCCAACAGGAGAACACAUCACAGAUAAGGACCAUGCAGUGGCCGCCGUGAAAACUGGACUCAACAAAACUAAGGAAUGUGAAUUCUUAGAAACUGGUCAAUCACAUCCAUUCAGACCAGAAUCCAGCCAGUCACUGCCCAUGAUGCAUAGUCCACCCACUCAGUCUGAGCAUCUCAUGUCAUCCUGUGGAGCAGACAGUUCUAUUCUAGGGAUCUGGAAGAUGUUGGAGACGGGACCCAGUCCUCCUCUAUCCACUCCACACAGCAACACUGAGCCAGAUGUCAAUGAUGCCGGUGGCGUAAAUCCUGGCAAAAAACAUGGGAUCAGUGCUGUCAAUACAGGAUAAUGUUGCCAUGAACAAAAUUGGAAUGGACUCAAGGUUCACCCUACAGGGAGCUAAAGCUGGCAUACAGAGCAAGACAAAAACCUAUCAUCCCACGGGUCAAGUAACAAAACUGAAACAUUCAACAAAAACUGCAAAGAUUAGAAACUAUAAUCUCCAUGACUAAAAACUGUGUGAAACUAAAACCUGAAGCAAACAAUAUAAGAUUUCUAACUAACAGAAUGGAUAGUUUUCCCAUGCUGAACAUUUUAUAAUGUUUCCAGCAUCAGUAACUGAGGAUGUGUGUUUAGAAAGACAGUUUUAGAGGUGAGGCACAUGCUGAAUGAAUCAGUGAGAACAAGCACAUCGAGAUUGCAAAAAUAUCAGCCCACCACAAACAUGAUGUAUUUCUGAACAGAGAAGGAUUCUCACAAAAUUGUGCAGUUACUCAGCAGCUCUGGAGAGAAGGAAUAGGUGAAGUUUUGGGUCAAAACCCUUCUUCAGAAUGAGAGAGUCUGAAGUCUGAAGAAGGGUUCCGAACCGAAACGUCGCCUUUUCCUUUUCCCCAGAGAUGCUGCCUGACCCACUGAGUUACUUCAGUAUUUUGUGUCUAUUUUCGGUGUAAACCAGCAUCUGCAGUUCCUUCCUAAACAUUAAAAAAUUCUCACUGCUUUCCUUUGUGCAGAAAAAAAGUCUCUAAUUAUAAUUAUAUUGGUAUUUAUAUUACCUGUAGGACAGCUAAUCACCCUGAGCCUCUUUGUAAGGAUGAGGAGCUCAGUCGAUGAGAGUAUUCUAGGCCACGUCUGUGGGAAGAGAAACGGUUUAACAUUGCAGUUUGCAGACCCUUCAUUAGAACUGACAAAAUGGGACAACAAAUGAAUUUUACGGUGCAGAGCGGUUGGGCAAAGGACGGAAAGGACCAAGGAAAUAUCUGACAGAGAAACGCAGUACCGAAACAGGCCGUUCGGCCCAACUCGUCCAUAGCAACCAAGAUGCCCCAUUUACGUUAGUCCCAUUUGCAUGCAUUUCCUAUCCAUGUACCUGAAUAAUGUAUUUUAUAUGUUGUAAUUGUACCUGCCUCAACUACCUCUUCAACAGGUCGUCCCACAUACCCACCACCCUCUGUGUGGGAAAGCUGCUCGUUGCGUUGUAUUAAACCUUCCCCUCACCUUAAACCUGUGCCCUAUAGGUCUUGAUUUCCCCAACCCUGGGAAAAACAACUGUUUAUUCACCCUAUUCACCCUCAUUAUUUUAUACACCACUAUAAGAUCAUCCCUCAGCCUCCUGCACUCAAAGGAAUAAAGUCCCAGCCAGCCCAACCUCUCCCUACAGUUCAGGCCCUUAGGUUCCGACAACUACCUCAUAAAUUGUCUCUGCACUCUUUCCAGCUUAAUGGUAUCCUUCCUGCAACAGGGUGACCAAAUCCAAACUCCACGUGUGGCCUCACCAACUGACUGGGUGGUCAAUGCAAUGCCAAUGUUGAUCUGUUAACUAGACUGUGUAGGGAUCAUUUGAGCAAGCUUGGCCUCUGGCUAUCAGAAGUGUUCCCCUUAUCCUACCCAUCUCCCUCUCUCUCUCUCUCUCUCUCUCUCGGCCCCACCUUCUCUGUGUUGCCAUUUACAGAGAAGCGGCUUUGAAUUGUAAUGUUAGCCUGUUUUCUUUUUCCAGACAUGCCACCUGACCUGCUGCAUGUUUCCAGCAGUUUCUCUUUUACGAUAUUCUCACGGUUUAAAAACCCUUAAAAAAUGUUCCAAAUUGUUGAAACUAGGUGUGUACUCGUGUGGGCUUUUAUAAUUCAACUAAGCAUGAUAAUGUCGAUAAACUGCUCAAUCUAACAGAAAAUAGGCACAAGUAACUGCAGCUGCUGGAAUCUAACAUAGAAUACAAAUUGCUGGAGUAACUCAGCGGAUCAGACAGAAUCCUUGAGGACAUGGAAGGGCGAUGUUUCGGAUCGGGACUCUUCUUCAAUCUGCUGUUCAGUCUGACAGAAAUAAUUGUUUGUGAAUUGUACUUCCCUUUGAUAAAUAUUUCAAAGAAAUGGACCUUGAGAUUUAUAUAUUAAAGUGUUAAUAUUUCAGAAUGUACUUUAAUUUUGUUCAUGCUAAAUCUUUGAGAUGUGUAGACUAAAGUGU